CAUACUUUUUGAUUGGCGCUCUUUUACUUCGUGCUUCCUUCAUUCGCUCCGCUCUUUCAAUUUUACAGAAAAUGGCUACCGAAGAAUUGGUGACUGAGCAGUUUCAAUUUUUAGGUAUAGAAGUCUCUAAAGAAGUUUUAAGUAAAUGUGUAAGCUUAUGCGCUGAGCACGAUGUAGAUGCUGAAACAUUUAUCGAGCAAUGGAUGGCAUUCAGUUUGACGGCAUUAAACGGAGCCGGGCCGAGUGUAGAGAACUUAAAUUUGCUUGAGAAAAGAGAAUUUUCCAAACGGUCGGCGAGUCGAAACGCUCCCGCUGUUGAUUCACUGAGUACCGGCACAAGUUUAACAGUUUACGGCGCACCCGCAUCCGUUCAGCCAGAAAAUGAAGUUCUCUCAAAUUACAUGACGGACACUCCAAAGAGGGUAAAGAUAGAACAGACGGAACAAGUGUCACUUCAGAAUGAACUACAGCCUGUCACGUAUUCGCCAAACGUAGACCGCUCAGGUAAAUACAGUUCUCGCACCAAUCAGGGUUCCGUACUUCAUUCAUACGGCGAUGAGAAACUCCUGGCUGCUAUAUCCAAUCCCACUUCUGCAAAUGAUUUGCUGGAGUUGAAUAUAUCACAAGUUCGUAACGAAGACGGCGAUCUAUAUACUAAAGCAAUGUUCGGUUUUGAAUUGCUGCAUGAGAAAGCGAGUACCUUUGACAACCACAUUCGCUAUAUAUCCCAGUGUAUAAUGAAAAAAAAUGGUUUUACGGAAUCUUCUUCGGUGAGGCACAAAACUCAGACAGAAGUCUUCGUAGCGGGUCGAAUAGAAUGCGAUGCAGAUGCUAGGCUCAACUCCAAAAGUGUCGUCCUUCAGGGAACAUGGGACGAGUCUCUCAGUUUAGUGGUUCCCGUUGAUUUGGAUAGUGUCGGGCAAUACUCUCUGUUCCCCGGUCAAGUGGUGGUGAUGAGAGGAGUGAACCCCCGAGGGGACAAGUUCGUGGCGCAACAAGUGUACAGCGACGCCGCCAAACCCACACCUGACCCCAGGGCAGAUAUGAUGAACUCGCUGAAAGGUACACUAUCAAUGGUAGUAGCGACCGGACCGUACACAACUUCAAACAACAUGGCCUACGAGCCUCUAAAGGACCUCAUCACAUACGUGGGCACCCACAAGCCACACCUGCUCCUCAUGGCGGGGCCCUUCAUGGACAGCGACCACACCAAAGUAAAGGACAACUCCAUGGCGGAGACAUACAGAUCAUUCUUUGAAAAAUUGAUGGACAACUUGGGAGAGUUAGCUACGGCAAGCCCAUUCACAAAAAUAUACAUAGUGUCCAGUCAAAAGGACGCGUUCCACACCAACAUAUACCCAACGCCGACGUACAGCACUCGCAAGAAGCACCCCAACAUACAUUUCCUGCCGGACCCCAGCACUUUGAACAUCAACGGAGUGCUUGUUGGCAUCACCAGCACAGAUGUUCUAAUGCAUAUCAGUCAAGAGGAGAUUUCACUCGGCAUGGGGGGUGACAAGUUGGCUCGGCUCGCGGGCCACGUGCUCUCGCAGCAGUGCUACUACCCGCUGUGGCCCACCACGCAACUUCCGGUGGACGCGACGCUGUGGGCUGCGCACGCGCAGGUGCCCGCCACACCGCACAUCAUGAUACUGCCCUCAAACUUCAGAUACUUUGUUAAGGAAGUGAACGGCUGUGUGGUGGUGAAUCCAGAACAUUUGACGAAGGGCGCCGGCGGUGGAACAUUCGCUCGGAUUCUGGUAGCUCCCGACUCAAACAAACAUAUAAAUAUCGGCGCCCAAAUUGUACGCAUCUGAACAAAAGUGAAUGACGAAAUUUUUUAUUAAAAGAAGCUUUAAUUAAAUACGUUCAAAAACA